UUUUGCGCUGAAAAGCCAGUAGUUCCGCCAUACGGUGUGAUAAACCUUCGCUGAACAAAUGUGAAUGCCUAGAUCGGGAAAUAUUUUAAGUGCUCGUCGCUGGAUCCAACAAAAAUGUCCAAAAAACAAAAAAAUCUCGCAGCUGGCACGUUGCGCGGGAAAGAAGCGUUACUCGAGUGGUGCAAGCGACAAACGGUGGGAUACAAGAACGUUCGUGUGUCUAACAUGACAACCUCAUGGAGAGAUGGAUUAGCCUUUUGUGCUAUAAUACACCGCUACAAGCCGGACCUCAUAGAUUUUCAGAAUCUAUCGAAGGAAGACAUGUUGAAAAAUAACGAACUGGCUUUUAAGGUAGCAGAGGAACAGCUCGGUGUCCCCGCUUUAUUGGACGCGAGAGAUCUGGUGUCUAUGGAUGUCCCGGAUGAACAAAGCGUCAUGACUUAUCUUUCUUCGUUGUUUUUCAGUCUAAACAACUUCAAACCUUCAGAAGACACAGCGGAAAUAAACAACAAUACGAUACCGAAAGGGAGGCCCAAGCGAUAUCUGUUUGAUAUUCUGGCCGACGAGGCAUACAAGCGACGGUUCAAACUCAGACAGCGCGAGGUAGUCGAGGAACCUUGUAAUGAUACCGAAGUGACUGCUUAACAAACGAUUUAGAAUGGCUACUUUUUUAAAAUGAAAAUGAAUAUAUGAGCCAGUCAAGUCGUGUCUUGGAGAUUUCAAGCGCUCAGAAACAUUGCUGUGUAGUAUGAUGGAGUAAUAAAUCGAACAAUGUCGAAUGCUAAGGUGCCCUUGUGGGAAAAAUAUUGCAAAUCAAUAUUAACCAUGGAAUUCUUUCCAACUAUACUUGAAAAGGAAACCACGUUUGAAUUUUGCUAUAAUGAGCAGAGCACUUCUUCAGGCAAAACUAAAAGCUCUUUUAAAAGUAUAACCUUGACAAGUACCCGGCUUUCUUGGAGUAGCUUAGAUUUAAAAAUCUGUCACAUUUGUAUGUCAUUAAAAGAAAGAUAAAAGAUUAAAGCCUUCA